UGUGGGCUCUGCUGCUGCCUCUCACUAGUCUCGUGCCCAGCAUCUCUCCUCCCCACGCACCGACAGCCCUGGGCCGCCGCGGGGCGGGGGAUGCCGGGCUGCCGGAUCAGCGCCUGCGGCCCAGGGGCCCAGGAAGGGACGGCAGAACCGGGGUCGCCCCCGCCGCCACCCCGGGAGCCUCUGCCGUCCCUCCAGCCCCCUUCCCCAUCGCCGACCUCGACUCCGACCCCCACUAAGUCACCGCCGUUACCCGAGGCGGCCGAGACACCCGUGGAAGGGCAGGAGCUACAGCGCUGGCGCCAGGGUGCUAGUGGGGGGUCUGGGGGCACGGGCCCGGCGGGGAUCGGGGGCACGGGCACGGCGGCAGGGGCAGGGGGCCGUGCGCUGGAGCUGGCCGAAGCGCGGCGGCGACUGCUAGAAGUGGAGGGCCGCCGGCGCCUGGUGUCGGAGCUGGAGAGCCGGGUGCUGCAGCUGCACCGAGUCUUCUUGGCUGCCGAGCUGCGCCUGGCGCAUCGCGCCGAGAGCCUGAGCCGCCUAAGCGGCGGCGUGGCCCAGGCCGAGCUCUACCUGGCUGCGCACGGGUCGCGUCUCAAGAAGGGUGCGCGCCGCGGUCGCCGGGGUCGUCCCCCUGCGCUGCUGGCCUCCGCGCUCGGCCUGGGGAGCUGCGUGCCCUGGGGCGCAGGGCGGUUGCGGCGCGGCCAGGGCCCGGAGCCGGACUCGCCCUUCCGCCGCAGCCCGCCCCGCGGCCCCGCCUCCCCCCAGCGCUGACCUCAGUACCCCGGACCCCUGGCCUCCUGGGACAGGCGGUCUCCAGGUGCGGGAGGACGGACAGACGGACGGACGGAUCCAGGUGUUGGCUAGAUGGACGGCGUCACCUACGCGGAGGAGACAGCGGGGUCCGUGGGAGCCCUGAAAGUGACACUGAGGACAGCGUUUCUGAUUCUCCUAAUCAGUUUGUUACCUGUUCACAGCCGGAGGGAGAUGUUCAGGAUGAGGUGUUAGUCACCUGCUCAGCUAGCAACCCUCCCCAACGCCUCUCUAAGAUGGUUCUGCCCGGGAUGGAGCCAGCUCCUCAGAGCCUCCGCUCUAUGGGUCUGGACCGACUUCUGCAUUCCUCACCUUCUCUGGAUACCACGCCUUCAGGAAGACUUCCAGGACUGACUGUACCCAGUCUCAGCGCCUUCCUCUCAGGAGCCCUUACAGUGGCAAGGACUGGGUCCUGGGAACUUGCUGUACUCUGAAAUGCUUUUCAUACACUGUCUUUGACUUUGCUUAUACAGACCUGAGAUGCUCUCAGAUUAGCCGAGAAUGCAGCAAACAUUGCCAGGGUGACCAAGAGAAGAAGUUCUUCUUAAAGAUAGACUCCUCAUUCUGACACAAGUCACAGUGUAGCUGGAGUCCCCAUCCCCUUGUCCAGCAGAUCCAGGAGGCCUCCUUGAGGCAAAUCACUGCUGUAGGAAACUCCCAUUUCCCCAUACCGGCUGUCCUUGUCCUCCCCCUGUGAGUGAAGACAUGCAGGUCGCUCCUUCAGACAAUCAGCUGCUGCCUCCCAGGGGGACACUUCUCAGGAUGAGGUGGUGGCAACAUCAAACUUCCAAAGCCAAGUUACAUGCACAAAGGAAACCCACUUCUUCACGAAUCCUGACAGAGCGAAGGAUGCACAUUAACUCACACACUGCCCAGAACACAUAGGCGUCUGUAACGUGGCUGUAUAUUGACUCAGUUCCCAACUAUAUAUAUGCAGGAAGAAUAAAUCUAAAAAACAA